AUGAUCUCAAUAGUUGGCGAAGGUGGAGGCUCCAAAGAUGAAAACUCUGCGUCUGAGCUUCAAAAAGCGGUCCUUUGCGGCGCUUCGGCACAACUUCCGCGCUUGCUGAUUGCCGGAAUUUUAACACUGAACUGGGUGCUCGACGCUGCUUCUGCACGUGCUCACUGGAUGCUGCGAAUUCUGGAGAAUGCGACACGAUAUUUCACAAGCCCUUUUCCAAUGGAAAAAAAAUUUUUGAUGGUUGCACCGGCAGAAGUCGUUGAAGACAUGCGCCUUUGCAAAAACAAGUACAAAUAA